AUGUCAGAAAUUGAAAAGAUGCACUAUGUACCUAAAGAAGUUGUUAGGAUAGAAAGUAUCCUAUCAAAAGACAUGAGUUUUAGUGCAAAAUCAAAAUUUUAAAAGUUUAAAAACAAGAACUAGAAGAAAGAAGUCACUGUUUAUCCUCCAAAAUGUAAUAAUGGUGAGCUUAGUGCUUAAUAUACUAUAACAGUAUUUUAAAUCAUAAUAAUAUCAUUAUGGGCUUCAGGAGUUUUUAUAGAAUAUCCAAAUAUAGGAAUAGGAUUUUCUAUAGUUGUAUAUUUACUUUACUUUGUUGAAUCUUUUAAAUGUAACACUUUUAAACAACUUUUUCAUGCAAGAGAGCAGGAAAGAUUUGUAAAAGAUGUAAAACAUUAUAAAGAAGGGAAACCAGAGCUUUGCCUCGAUAUUAAAUGCUAUGCAAGUAGUGAUGAGUAUGGAUCAGAUACAAACUAUACUUAUAUGGAAGAACUCAAAUUUGAAUAUGAUUCUUAUGUUGAUAAAUCUCCUUAGCUUCCAAAUUUAUUUGAAACAUAUUCAAUAAUAAGAGUGUAAAAUAUAUUAACUUUUUCAUAUAGUGAUUAACUCUCAGAGUACUACUUUGAAUCUAUGAGAAGGAAUGCUCUUCAUAGAUGUUACAUGAAGAGUAGUUGCGUAAAAUAGUUUAACAAUUCAUAGGUUCCUGGUCUAGUUGAUCACAUGAUAAUUAGAUAAAAUACAAUACCAAACUUCUUCUAUUCUUGGAUGACAUACUCAAUAUUUACUUUAGUAGGAUUGACUUUUGUCUAUAGAAUAAUUUUAAAUAGUCGUACACCAUUUGUGUAGAAUUAUAUCCACAAAGUAAUUGAAGUGAAGUUCAAUCAUAAAAAAUUGUUAGACAAUUAACUGAGAUAGGCAGAAUUUUUAAAUUAAAAUAAUAAAAUAACAAAAGAAGAAUAUGAAGAAGUAAGAUCAUACUAUAGUAAAUACUAUUAUUAAAAAGAAUCAUUCUUAAAUGUUAAUUAUUAAACACAUGAAUUAUCCUCAGAAGGUUUUAUCAGCAAACAAACUUAACCUUCAGAAAUAUUAAAAUUCAAUAAUUAAUAUAAUCUUAAUAAAAAAGAUGCUGAAAACCUUCUCUGA